UCUCAUGUCCGAUAGAAUCACUCAAUUACAGGUUUGUCUUGACCAGGUAUGUUUGAAAUAGUUUUUCAUUCUAUUAUUAGUUUUGUCUUUAACAUCUUGUAUCUCUAACCUUCUCUCAUCCUUCUUAUUGUUUUGCUGUUUUGCAUUUUUUUGUUGAUAUUGUUUAUUUUUUGCAGCUUGUUGAGCAAUUUUAUGCUUCAUUAUUUUAUGUCAGUUCAUAUCAUGAUUUUAUACCUGCUCAAGGUGAAGAGAAAAUGUCUGAUUCUCAAAGUCAAAUAGCUGAUCCUAAAAUCUUUGAAAAUACUGUUAAGGAAUUAUCGACCGAUAUAAUAUUGAAAACAAGACAAAUCUUGAAAAUAAUAGAGUCUUUACCUGGUGCGGGUGUUUCCACUGAUGAUCAAUUAAAUACCAUAAAUCUUUUACAGAAUCAAUUAAUUCAAUUGGAGAAAAAAAGAUUACAAAAAAUUGAUGAGAAAAAUAACUUGUUAUUAAUUUGUAAUGAUUUGAUUCAUCAAGUAACAGAUGGUCUUUGUAACAGUAAUACAUAAUUCAACCAAACUAAUUUAAAAUUACAACGAAAUAAAAUAAAAUACAAAAAAAAAAAAAAAAAUCAACUAUACUAUAUUUACCAAUUUCACUUUUAAUAUACAUCGAUUAUUAAUUAAUCAUUUUUAAUUAAUCUCUUUUCAAGUUUUUCAUUCAAUUCCAUCUUAAAAGUAGUAUCUAAUAAAACCUCUUUCUUAUACCAAAGUUCUUCUUUUUCCUUCAUAACUUUUCUUAAAUCCUUUUCUAAUAACUCCUUAACCUCUAGACUCCACCCUAAUUUUCUUUUCA